GAUUUGGUCUUCCCCUGCUUAGGCAAAAGGAGCUGGAAGCCAGGGACCAGAGAUUGGGCACCAACAGGAGCAGAAGUGGUUGGAGGCAAAGAGGGGAGCUAUUACCGGAAGUUUUAAAAGCAAAAUGAUUGGAUUUUAUAGACGCCCUAAAGGCAAAAUCACAGUGUUUUUUAAAAGAUGGGAUGAGCGGGCAGUUAUCUCGCCUGGCUGGGAGAUCAAGUUCGUUUGUUACGCAGUCUAAAGCUUCGCAAUUGUAACUGGAGACUAGCGCCCACUUGCAGAACCUGUGAAAGAACUGCAUUUAUUCAGGGCAAAGAUUCUCAGAGCGCCGAGGAGGAAGAAUAGUGGGGGUGCAAGCAAGGAAGUGCAAAGGGAGAGACGUUUAACGGAAGAAGGUGUAAGGUUAGGGGAGUAAAGCCGAGGUGGGAAACCACUAUAUUUCUCCCCGCCAAAUCCUGCAGCAAGUUCCUUCCAAAAGUUUUAAAGGAUUCCCCUCCCAGAUAUCAGCAUUCUGGAGGAAACCAAAAGUCCCAACUCCUCUCCACUUUGCUGCCAGUCGGAGGCAAAAGAGUGGAGCGGGGGGAGCCGGAAACUGAGAUGUAUCGCUGACUCUGGGAAACCAGGACGUGACGUGACGUCACGUCCGACCAAAACAAAAUGGCCGGGCAAUUUCAAGCGAGCGCGUCCUCAGAAUUAACAACUUAGCAUGCGCCAAAGCUGAUGCGCAGGUGACGUCAUUACGUUAGUGCCGGGCGCAGCGACGUGAUUAUGUCAGCGUCGGGCGCAGGAGUAUUUAAGUGAGCCUGAGCCGGCGCAGACGCAGAAGACUCCGGCGAACGUAAGAAUGGCGGGCACCGGGUUGGUGGCUGGAGAGGUUGUGGUGGAUGCGCUGCCGUAUUUUGACCAGGGUUAUGAAGCGCCUGGUGUUCGAGAAGCGGCUGCGGCGUUGGUGGAGGAGGAAACUCGCAGAUACCGACCUACCAAGAACUACCUGAGCUACCUGACAGCCCCGGAUUACUCCGCUUUUGAAACUGACAUAAUGAGAAAUGAAUUUGAAAGAUUGGCUGCUCGACAACCGAUUGAAUUGCUCAGUAUGAAACGAUAUGAACUUCCAGCCCCUUCCUCGGGUCAGAAAAAUGACAUUACUGCAUGGCAGGAAUGCGUAAACAAUUCUAUGGCCCAGUUAGAGCAUCAGGCGGUUCGAAUUGAGAAUCUGGAACUAAUGUCACAGCAUGGAUGCAAUGCCUGGAAAGUGUAUAAUGAAAAUCUAGUUCAUAUGAUUGAACAUGCACAGAAAGAGCUCCAGAAGUUAAGGAAACAUAUUCAAGACUUAAAUUGGCAACGAAAGAACAUGCAACUCACAGCUGGAUCUAAAUUAAGAGAAAUGGAGUCAACUUGGGUAUCCCUGGUCAGUAAGAAUUAUGAGAUUGAAAGGACUAUUGUACAAUUAGAAAAUGAACUUUUUCAAAUGAAGCAGCAACAUGGAGAGGCAAACAAAGAAAACAUACGGCAAGACUUCUGAAAAAGACUAAAUUGGUAGAUGGAAAGGAAGGCACAUUGGGCUUUCACAGAAGGCCAAGUACCUGAACUAUGAGGAGCGACAGCAUCUCAUGAAGUCAUCAGUGGUUAAAUGUUUAGAAAGCAUAAAAUGUGGACUGUUAUCUUCUAUUUGUACGUUUUAGCAAAAUAAAUUUUAACAUGGUGG